GCACACGCAUCAAACAGAAUAGUCUUCAAAAGUCUGAAUAUGGAAUACCAAUACGAAGCAGCAACAGAAAGAGUCAGCGAGGCACUGGAAACCGUGAAAUAUGAUCUGAUGAAAGUCAGAACUCAGGAUGAUCAACUAAUGAGACAACUCUUAAAUAUCAACGCAACUAUAAAGAAAUUAACGACUAGGGGCACAAAACCAUCUAAAAGAUGCAGUCAGCUGUUUUGUUCAUGUGGUAAUACAAACUGCGGAGGAAAGAGAAUAAUUUCUGCAUCAGACAUGCGUAAAAUUGAUACACCGAUGCCGCUUAAGGGAACACUUGCAGCUUUCAGAGCUCUGUGCAUCAAUAGCACUGGAUCAGGUUCAGAAUAUGGAUCUUCAGAUGACGAGAUCAACGAUUUCUCUGACAGCGAUUGCGACGUGUUUGAAGACAAAACAUCAGACGAUGAAAAUGUAUUUGACCACGUUUGAACAUUAUUACGUUUGAUUAACACGAAUCAAAUAUUAAUACUACAUAAGUACUAACCAACUGUUAUGAAAGUAUGCAUUCGGCGUCGGAGGAAAAUGGUUUACGAUGGUUUACAGACUGCGUCGGAAAUAAAAUGGUUUACGAAUGGUUUACGAUUAUAAACCUAAGCUCCAGGAAUAUAGAAGAGAGACAGGGCAUAGACAUUAUAAGUAUAUUCUUAGUGUAAAUGAAGACAUUAGAAGAUUAGACAUUGACAGAACAACAACAAAAACAAUGACAAUGUUCAACCAGAAGCACAGUUUGAACAUAUGAGACAUUUAAUGUAAAUGUAUAUUCUAAAAUAAUAAAAGCUAAAAAUGUA